CUUCCACCAAACCAUAGUUACUCACUCUUUCUCUCUCCUCCUCCCCCUUCCUCCCUUUUCUCCCCCCAUUCCCCCUCUCUUCUUCUAUUGUUCUUCACUCUGCAUCUUUUCUGAACUCUCUCUCUCAUUUCUUUUUUUCUCUACAAUAUUUUUUUUUAAUUUUAUUUCUAAAAAGAAAACAGAUCGAUCCACAUUUGUAUUGAAUUGGUUGUUGCAGCUGCUGCCAUGGGUGGCCUUCGCAAAUAUGGCUGCCUCUUCAUUUUCUCUCUCCUCUUUUUAUCAAUAUCCACGGCAUUGCCUGCUCGACCCGCUAAAACUACAUCCCCAGCCGCUAAUUCUCCAGUUCAAAUCAACUCUAAUUCCGUCCUCGUUGCGUUACUCGACUCACAUUAUACUGAGCUCGCCGAGUUAGUUGAGAAAGCUCUUCUUCUCCAAAAGCUUGAGGAUGUGGUUGGGAACCAAAAUAUCACCAUCUUUGCUCCUAAGAAUGAGGCUUUAGAGCGUGACUUAGACCCCGAGUUCAAGCGAUUCCUCCUCGAACCCGGGAAUCUUCGUUCUCUACAGACUCUCCUCUUAUUUCAUGUUAUUCCUGCCCGAGUUGACUCCAAGGGAUGGCCGGCUCAUGGUUCCGAGGGACGUCAUCAUCUUACUCUCUCCAAUGAGAAGGUCCAUUUGCAUCGGCAUAAGAAAUCCGGGGAUAAGACUGUGGAUCUCGCUAAGGUUAUCCGCCCAAAUGAUAUUGUUCGACCCGACGGUGUGAUCCACGGGAUUGAGCGUCUACUGGUCCCACAGUCGGUGUUGGAGGAUUUUAAUCGCCGCCGUAACCUCCGCUCUAUCUCAGCUGUGAUUCCGGAGGGAGCACCUGUGGUGGACCCACGGACUAAUAAAUUGAUUAAGAAGAGUAAGAAGGCCGCGGGUCCACCACCACCACCACCACCUGGCGCCCCACCGGCACUCCCAAUCUAUGCAGCGAUGGCGCCAGGUCCUGGACUUGCCCCGGCUCCGGCGCCGGGACCAGGCGGGUCGCACCACCAUUUCAAUGGUGAGGCGCAGGUUAAAGAUUUUAUUACAACGCUAGUACAGUACGGAGGGUACAAUGAGCUUGCUGAUAUCCUUGUGAACCUCACCUCCUUGGCCACCGAAAUGGGAAGACUUGUAUCAGAAGGAUAUACAAUUACGGUAUUAGCCCCCAACGACGAGGCGAUGGCGAAGCUUACGACUGACCAAUUAUCGGAACCUGGGGCGCCGGAGCAGAUCAUGUACUACCAUAUUAUACCGGAAUACCAAACAGAAGAAAGUAUGUACAAUGCAGUGAGAAGAUUUGGGAAGAUAAAGUAUGACACUUUGAGGUUACCACAUAAGAUGGCCGCUGAGGAGGCGGACGGGUCGGUCAAGUUCGGGCAAGGGGAGGGUUCGGCGUAUUUGUUUGACCCGGAUAUUUACACAGAUGGUAGGAUCUCGGUUCAGGGGAUUGAUGGAGUAUUGUUUCCUUUGGAGGAAAAAGAUGAUAACAUUACUGCUCUUCAAAAGUCUACUCGUGUUACUAAGGUUGUCACCAAAUCAAGAAGAGGGAAAUUGCUGGAAACAACAUGUUGGAUGCUUGGCUCCAUGGUACAGCGCUUCAAUGCUUGCCAAUAAGCAAACACGCCGUCUCGAGGCUGACAGUUAGGCAUCACAAGCAACCACAAGAUGUAAAAUUGGUGAAGAAAUUGAACAGCUUCAGAUGAUCACACUGCCUUUAGAGAGUGAUGUUAAUACAGUUUUCCUUUUUUUUUUUUUUUUUUUUUUUUUUUUUUUUUAAUUUUUACAAUAUAUUCAAGGGUAAAAAAAAGAAAGGACCAUGUUGGGGAGCCAAGUCAGGAGGUGUGCAAUAUAUUUCCCUUGCUACUACCAUGAAAGUUCCUGAAUAGCUCCCCCCAGGAGAGGAGAGAGAGAGAGAGAAGAAGAAGAAGCUGCUGUAGUUAUAAAUAUAUACAGUUAAGUAAUGUUAAGAAGAAGAAAAAACCUGUAAUUUUUUUUAUUUUUAUAUAUUUUUAAUUUUGAUUUUUUGUUA